AUGUCGGCCCUCACCCAGACAUAUACGCUGCAGAAGCCUCCGGGGGCCAUGUCGCGUUAUCGCAGCUUGAGGGGCAAGAGCGUAUCGGAAACACGUAGUAUGGUCGAAUCCAUACUCGGCGGGGAUGCUGGCACAGAAAAGGGUACUGGUAGUCCGAUCAGGUCAGCCUUUGGGUCUAGGUAUCGAAAGAGGGCCAAAACUGUCAACGCCAGUGACGCCCCAGAAGUCCCUCCGCCACUGCCAUCUGCCACCGAAAUGAACAUGAGCCUGAGCAAGCCGGUCAACUCGGUGCAGCCAUUGGGUGACAAAGAACCCACGACCCCUCCCAAGAAAUCUAGCUCUCCGUUGAAGAGAUCACCAACUACGGAUAUGAAAACAACUAGGAGGUUGUCCGAUGCGGAGACGCUGGGCGACAUCCAUGAUCAGUUCCCGGCGGUGCCCACUCCUACUGCAGAAAUACCUGUUGCGACAGCCCUUACGGCUGAUACCGCAGUCGACACGGCCAGUAUCAAGGGUGAUGUCCCUGCCAAGCCGCAGCAGACUCAGGAACAAAAACUUCUUCAGGAGAUCGAGAAGCGACGAUUGGAGGAAGAAGAGGCUAUACUCCAUGCGGAUAAGGAGGCGCGGCUCAAGGCCGAGACGGGUCGCAUUGUGGCAGAACAGAAGCACAAGGAUAUUGAACGGCUGCACUCUGAGCUGAGAGCCGGUUCAUCACAUGGCAGCGAAGCCAGCAGCCUGCAGUCAUCACCGGUACAAACUUCGCCAGCACAGCCAAAGGCGAGGAGCCCUUUGCUUGCAAAGUUCUUCUUCAGGCGGGGGCGGCGGUCCGACGCUGUUACCUUGUCACCGACCUCGUCGACUUGUACGUCUGUUGCAGGUGAUUCCAGCAGGGCUACGAGUCUGGAGCCACAAUUGAUGCCGAGGACGUUUCUUGAACCUGGGUCGACGGCUUUUACGUUUCCUCUUCGGCCAGAUUCACCAACGCUGAAUAGACAUGGGGCAGAUAGAUCCGUCCAGGUUCGCUGCCGAGGGGUGCGCCAUGACGUUAACGUCACUCCAGAUACCAAUGCUGUCGAUGUCCUCAUUGCGUGUGCAGACGACGCAGACCAACCCUUCAACACUUGCACCAGCGUCGUGGUCGAGUCAUACGCGACCCUGGGUCUAGAACGCCGGCUUCGUCGCUACGAGCGCAUCAAGGAUGUUCUCAACUCUUGGGACCGUGACACCCAGCACCAUCUACUCAUCGACCCCUCCUCAGAUACCUUUGACAGCCACCAAGACCUGGACAUGUCCUCUGUCCCUGGAGGUGAAGGCUCUAUGCCGCCACAAGGCUUCGUUCUCCAGAUGUACCACUCCCAGCGGCCCGGCAAAUGGAGCAAGCGCUUCAUUACCCUACUCGGAAACGGACAGCUCUUUUCAUGCAAGAAGGCAGACUCGGUUCUUAUAAGCCAGCAGCAAGUCGGUGGCGGCAGCGCCAGUCCGGCCCUGAUGGCAGCAGCGGCCACCUCAAUGGGCGCCACCAUGCUAUGCCAUCUCAUUGGCUACGACAUUUACACUCCGACCGAGAUACAGGCAAAGAAAACCCUCAAGCCGCCCAAGCGCUUCUGCUACGCGGUCAAGUCCCAGCAGAAGACGAUGGAGGCUUCGGCAGACAACUUUGUACACUUUUUCGCCACGGAUGACCCGGACGUGGCCCGCAGGUUCCAUGCCACCAUCCACGGCUGGCGGUCGUGGUAUAUUGUCAACGGGCGCGGGAUCAGGAGCAGCAGCAGCAACAGUACUGACAGCAACAGGCAGGGGCUAGUCUCGGCGUCCCGACCCCAGCACCCAGGGCGAGAAGAUAGUCUUGCCGUUAACCCGAUCCCGCACCCUUCCCCGGAUCAGGAGUUGCAGCUGCAGCAGAGGCCUACGACGGCGACAGGGGCCCCGCAGAUAACGGCGGUGCGGCACAAGCCCAAGAAGAGCAUCAGCCACGUCAAGGUUGCGGGCGGUCGGCACCGACUGCGGGUCAGCAUCGACGAGGCGCCUUACACCAUCGGCGACUUCCAGCCGCUGUUGGACCUGGGCCGGUUCGACAAGCCGAUCGAUGAUUUUGGCAAGGACUGGGUGCUGAGGGCGAGCGUGAUGCCGUCGGGGGCGGGGGGCGUCGCUGGUGUGGCCAAUAUGCCUGACGGUAGCCGCGAGCAUGAAUUUGCGAGUGGGCAUAAGAAGGUCGCAAAAGGGUGUGUGUCGUCGGAUGCCAAGAACACAGUUGAAGAGGUUGAGCCUGAUCAAGAGCCAGCUCGACCCAGAUCAUCUGAACUGCCUAUCGGACCGGCAGCUCAUCCCCAACCACCUGAAAUACAUGCAGAGACACCUCCCUCGCCAGGUAUGGACGACUCGCACAACCCUGUAAACACAGACCCAACCGAGCAGUACGCUUCAUCUCCACCACCGAUUCCAUCCUUGCCCAAGUCGGAGACCAAGUCUUGGUUCCCUUCGGCCUCGGCACACACAGCCGGCCAGAGGGCCAAGGAUGAAGUGCACGGGCGCGCCGCAGCGUUACGGCCGUCGACCUCUGCCGGCGAAAAGAGGUCAUCUUCAUAUUUAUCCCCGAACCAAGGCCAGGUUUUCACAGCCUUUUGGGGAUAUGGAAACGGCGUCUCGGAACGCCCCAGAAGACCCAACAUGCCAUCCUCGUCGUCGUCGUCGACGUCGGGCAACCGCCAGCGCCGCCCGCCGAUGCCGCACUCGCCACACUCUGGUCUCCAGUCGCAGCAGCAGCGCAUGCUGGACGUGCCAAUGCGGUACGCUCCCGGUGGUGGCAGGCGGCAGGAUGCCAGUGGUGGUGGCGGCAACAGCAGGCCGCCGACGAGCGAUGGGAGCAGCGGCGGCAGGGCGCAGGGGUCGUUAGUCAGCCGCGGACGGUCAAAUACGGUCGGCAACGCGGGGAGGCCGCCGCCCUCGCAGCCGGUGCCGCCGGUGCCGUCGUUCAGGGGCAAGAGUGCGGCCAGGACGCAGGGACCGCCUGGAGUCGAGCAUUGGGCUAGGGGGGUGGCCAGCGCCGAGCGGGAGAGGGGGGUUGGGCAUGGUGGGAUGAAGGGUAGGAAUGGGAUGGUUAGGUGUUAA